CCAUUUGCAAAAGAUGCUAGGUUCUUUCUUUCAGCCUUCCGUUUUAAAAUUUGCAUUUUAAGAUAUGUUUUGAAAACAUUGGUCUUCAACGUGAUUUCCCAAUCGUGUCGAGCUUUUGUGAUAUCUGGCGUUUAGUUUUACGAUCCAUUUACCCUGCAGCGACAUCUCGCGGUUAGAUCGUGUCAAUACUGGAAACGAGCGACCUGUUUGUUUGUGUAGCUGGUAGUGUGUUUACCGAUAGAGGGAUACAGAGACACGAUCACUUUCACACGUUAUCUCACUUCUUGAGGUUUUGCUUUUAUCGCUGAGCAGCGUUAUCUUGAGCAGAGCUGCAUAUCAGAACCUGGAGCCUUUUUGUUUGGAGAGAUUUUUGUCAUCAUGGCCGAACAUUUAUCCCAGAGUGAACUGGACUACCCUUUCAAACUUAUGGAAUAUUUUAACGGAUUCAGGAUCUCCAAGGCGAUAUUCUCAGCGUGUGAGUUAGGUGUGUUUGACCUUCUGCUAGACUCCCAAAAGCCCCUGACUGCAGGUGAGGUGGCACAGAAGCUUGGCACCAGUGGAGAUGGAAUUGAACGUUUACUGGAUCUGCUGGUUGCCAUUGAGAUUUUGGAAGUGGAACCUUUACAAGGAACAGCUUAUUACAACAGUACAGAUGUUGCUAAUCUGUACUUGGCUAAAUCCAGCCCCAAAUCUCUACACAGUUUAAUCAUCUAUCAUUCUCAAACCAUCUAUCCGCUCUGGAACAAUCUGGUAGAUGCUGUUAGGGAAGGAAAAAACCAGAAUGAGAAAACUUUCGGCCUUCCGUCUGAAGAAAUCUUCUCUGCCAUAUACAGGUCAGAAGAAGAGAUGCUGAAGUUUAUGGGUCUGAUGAACUCUACAUGGGUCAUUGAUGGCCAUGACAUAGCAAUAGCGUUCGAUCUAUCCUGUUUCAAGUCUAUCAUAGAUCUGGGGGGCUGUUCUGGUGCAUUAGCGCGGGAGAUAGCAAAAGAAUAUCCAUCCUCUACCGUCAUGGUUCUGGAUCUUCCAGAAGUGAUCCAGUCCGCUCAGCGACAUUUUGCUCACCAAAAUGACACCAUUUGUUUUCAAGAGGGAGACUUCUUCGAUGGAGAAAUCCCUUCUGCAGAUUUGUACAUUCUGGCCCGGAUAAUUCAUGACUGGAAAGAUGAUAAAAAUAUCAAACUACUGAAAAAGAUAUAUUCAGCAUGUAAUAAAGGUGGAGGUGUUCUGAUUGCAGAGGCACUGCUGUUUGAGAACCGGCCGGGUCCAACUAUGGUUCAGACAUUCUCUCUGAACAUGCUGGUCCAGACAGAAGGGAAAGAGCACCCACCCUCUUACUAUACACAUCUGCUCACUGAGGCUGGAUUCAGGGACGUGCAAGUUUGUCGUACCGGAAAAUCAUAUGAUGCUAUUCUGGCACUCAAAUGAAUUUACAGACAAGUCCCUUUGGUAUUCUGCCUCAUCUACAGAUGAUAAAACCUGUUAGUAAUUGGACUGAUGCACAGUUUAGACUGUGAUCUGUUGUUUCACAUAGUUUUGGGUAUCCUGGAAGUGAUAUUGUUCUCUCCGUACAUACAGAUCCAAAUGUUAUUCACCCAGUCCAUGUUAUUGACCCCAUAAAUAUUCAAAUACGAACCCCGGAUCCCUAAAACCCCACUAAUUAUUUGAUUAACCCUAAUAACAUGAAACAUGCCAACCCUGUGUUACCAAUUUUAGGGGUUACAAGUACUUUUUUAGUUCUGGAUUUGAUGUAGUAUAUUCAAAUUCUAGAUCACAUUUUAGAUUCUAGAAAGUGGGAGUGUUGAAGAGGUCCUUUGAUCAUUGGCCAUUUUUCAAAGGUAAGCUCCUCCCUCCGCACAGUCCUAUUUUAGACUUGGUUUCGGAUGACCCCUAGUGGUGAUUUGUUGAAAUAACACAAAUAAUUGUUUUCUUAACACAAAAAUUAAAACAAAGCUGUUUUUUUACUCCUACACAUACUCUAUACUCAUACAUACUAUUUCUGUAUAACUAACAUUUGAACCGUAUGAUUAAAUGAUUGUGAGUGGCGUGAAAUAUUCCUAACUAAAUGCCCAGCCCUUUACAGGAAAAACUAUUAUUUGUAAAUUGUUUGUGUACUUUCCAGUGAAUACAUGGACCAACCUGACCACGGGCUACGAAUUUAUAUUUUUCCUAGAUUUAUUUGUAUUAAAAGGAAACA